UCAUGAGACAGCUGGGACUGGUUGGGAACUACAAGCGGACGGUGAAGCGGAUCGACGAUGGCCACCGCCUGUGCAGCGACCUCAUGAACUGCCUGCACGAACGGGCGCGCAUCGAGAAGGCGUACGCGCAGCAGCUCACCGAGUGGGCGCGGCGCUGGAGGCAGCUCGUGGAGAAGGGGCCCCAGUACGGGACGGUGGAGAAGGCCUGGACGGCGGUCAUGGCCGAGGCGGAGAGAGUGAGCGAGCUGCACCUGGAGGUGAAGGCCUCACUGAUGAACGAGGACUUCGAGAAGAUCAAGAACUGGCAGAAGGAAGCCUUUCACAAGCAGAUGAUGGGAGGCUUCAAGGAGACCAAAGAGGCGGAGGACGGCUUUCGGAAGGCGCAGAAGCCCUGGGCCAAGAAGCUAAAAGAGGUGGAGGCAGCAAAGAAGGCCUACCACGCGGCGUGCAAAGAGGAGAAGUUGGCCACGUCACGAGAAACCAACAGCAAAGCAGACCCAUCCCUCAACCCCGAGCAGCUUAAGAAGUUGCAAGACAAAGUAGAAAAAUGCAAGCAAGAUGUUCUUAAGACCAAAGAGAAGUAUGAGAAGUCGCUGAAGGAGCUCGACCAGGGCACCCCCCAGUACAUGGAGAACAUGGAGCAGGUGUUUGAGCAGUGCCAGCAGUUUGAGGAAAAGCGCCUGCGCUUCUUCCGGGAAGUCCUGCUGGAAGUUCAGAAGCACCUAGACUUGUCGAACGUGGCCAGCUACAAGAACAUUUACCGCGACCUGGAACAGAGCAUCAAAGCCGCUGACGCAGUGGAGGACCUGAGGUGGUUCAGAGCCAACCACGGGCCAGGCAUGUCCAUGAACUGGCCGCAGUUUGAGGAUGAAGAGUGGUCCGCAGACCUGAAUCGAACUCUCAGCCGGAGAGAGAAGAAGAAGGCUACUGACGGGGUCACCCUGACGGGCAUCAACCAGACAGGCGAUCAGGCUCUGCAGAGCAAGCCCAGCAGUGACCUUAGUGUCCCGAGCAACCCCACACGGUCAGCACAGUCACUGUCCAACUACAACCCUUUCGAGGACGAGGACGACACGGGGAGCACCGUCAGUGAGAAGGAGGACGUUAAGGCCAAAAACGUGAGCAGCUACGAGAAGACCCAGAGCUACCCCACUGACUGGUCAGAUGACGAGUCCAACAACCCGUUCUCGUCCACGGACGCCAACGGGGACUCAAACCCAUUUGACGAGGAUGCCACCUCGGGGACAGAAGUGCGGGUCCGGGCCCUCUACGACUAUGAAGGGCAGGAGCAUGAUGAGCUGAGCUUCAAGGCUGGGGACGAGCUGACCAAGAUCGAGGACGAGGAUGAGCAGGGCUGGUGCAAGGGACGCUUGGACAACGGACAGGUCGGCCUGUACCCCGCGAAUUACGUCGAGGCAAUCCAGUGACUGGCCAGCCGGCUGGCUGGCGGAGGGUGGAGGCAGCGGUCCCGGGAGCUCCGUUGGCCGUCGGGCCCGGGCAGCGACACCCCCGGCACCAGCCGGCCGUGUGAGCAUCCGCUCCUUUUCCUGCAAAAGCUGACGGUUCCGUUGCUCUUGGCUUCAUGGUGUCUCUCGAAGGCGGACGAGCCGGUCCUUUCACCCGGGACUCGGCACCCUUCCCGCACGCGGUGCCGACAGAGAGGUCUGAGCGCAGGAAGCCACAGUAGGACGGAAAGCGCCCCGGCCCCCGGCCCGCCCGCUGUGCGUGCUGUGCUGGCUUUUCACGGAUCUGUGUGGUCUCGCCCUCGUCUUUCCUCCUUUCCUCCUCCGAGUCGGCAGUGGCUUCCGCCGAUCCUCGCUCUGCCGAUGACUUUCUCCGACGAGUCUCCUCGCCCGCAACUCAAGUGGACGCUUCACUCGAGCGAGGACUUUGAGGUCCUUCGUUUAAAGGCUGUGUACAGUGAUGCUUUUUUUACAUGCCUGUUCUUCCACUCAUUUACGCUUAAACGAUGGCACAGAUUGAUAUACACCAGUCCUGCGGGGGGGGGGGGGGCUGGUCCCGUGCUGCCCUGCCCGGUAGGUCCUGCCGCGGCUCAUCGAGAGGGGCGGGCGGCCUGGGAGGCAAGAGAGAGCGGUGGGAAGGCAGGCCGUGAAUGCUGUCCGCGUCGGGGCGUCCUCCAUGAGUUUCGGGGAUAACCUUACGUCGUACUCCCCACGUCGCCAUAUUUAAAAGCUGUUUUCAUCCUAUUUGUGUUUAAGAUUCUACUCUUGCCGGUUAAUGAUUUUGUCAGUGAUUUGGAAGGUUAAAAAGUAAGACUAACUUUUCAAGCACACGCAUCUGUAGCCGAAGAUGCUUUACAUCAGACUGUCUUCUCUUGGUGUAUAUCUGUAUAUAUUAUUUGAUAUUCAGAGAAUCUAAAGAGUUCGCCUACUGUUUUAACGAGACGUAACGGCCUUUGACAGUGGGUUUACCUGAACUGCUUGAAGACUGUGACAUUCGGGCACAGGCCUGGCCGGUGGGCCAGGCCUCCUCUGGGCUCGGGACGCGGCCCUGGGCCUCUGCAGUGGAGACAGCUGUGGGGAAGCGUGUCCUCGCCGGCCAGCUGUGGGUCCACCUUCUGACUAGCCUUAGUCCUUUCCGUAGCAGAACACUGUACAAACUCCCGUGUCUUUGCGGCAGCCGCAGGGUCCACAGUCCUCCUUUAUUCCUCGUGAGUGCACGAAAGCUGGGUCUCACCCCAGAGCACGCGGGUCUCUUCUGAGCAGCCGUGGUCAUCGGGAGCAGACGUGCUGGGGCAGGAGCCACACUGUAAUGACAGGGCAGGGGAGGGAGGGAAGGAGGGAAAACCUUUAUUUUGUGUAACUCAGACAUUGUUGGAAUGGCCGCCGCCAUCACAAGCUAUGCAUUUUCUCAACGUUUCCAGUGAGCUUGAGGUCUUGCUUGGAAAGUGGGUGUGUGUCUGUUUUGUCAUGAAAACUUACCAGCAGAAAUCCUCAUUCCUUUGCUACAGAUCUACCAAAAAUUGUCAAGUCUUUUCAGUUAGGAGUUUCUUUAAAUGGAUAGUAUUUUAGGAAAAAAAAUCAAUAAACAGUUGAUCUCGUGAG